AUGAAAAUCUGCGAGAGUAAACUGCCUAUUAUCCCGAUUGAGGACGCCAAGCAUUACUCCUGCAGUGAGGAAAACGACACCAUCAAUUUGGAGAAUAAUUCGAACGAUCUGAAUAGUUAUCAGAAUUUCCUUAUCGGCAGUUCACCCAAUGACGGGUUGCAUAAAUGCAGGGAUAAGCACAUGCACUCGUUGGUAAAGAAGGAGAAGGGUGCAGAGAAAAAUUGUAGCACUGGGGGGAGUAACGCAGGAAGCCAUGCAGGCAGUCACCCGUGGAGCAGCCGUGCGCGUAUGCGUAACGCAACACGUGGCUACAAUGAGAAGGGUCUAAAUUUGAUCAAAAGGAAGAAAGGGUUAAUGAGGAAAGACCCAUAUGGAAGUACACACUUGGUAUUGGGGAACCUGCGAAGUGGUAGGAAGUUAAAGAGGAAGCUUCUCUGGAAUAGUUACUAUGGAGAUCAGAACACAAACGUGUCUGAAUUGUCGUACAUAAAAGAAUUUGAAAAUAACUCCUUCAUGCAUGAUAAUGGUCACCAUAUGAUAGUGUAUGAAAAUAAGUACCCAGAUUAUAGUGCGUUAAGUAAGAGAGAAAGCCGAAGUAAUAAGAUAAGGAAUUUUUUUGUGUACUCUCCGGAUAUUAUCCAAAGAUGGAUAAGAGUCAUUUUUAACGUUAUCAUAACGUCGCUCAUUGUUACGUUGAUUUAUUUUACAUUCGUAUCCGUUAGGGAAGACAUAAAUAAGAAAGUAGCUAUUCAGAUGCAAAACGUUAAGGAAGAAUCGGACUCCUGUAAGAAGCAGUACUAUGCUCAUAAAUGUGGUACAGUAAAUUUACCUAUCCUAAAUGACAAGUGUGAAGAAUGGCUAAGGUGUAUGAAAACGGAUCACAAAUUGUAUCAGGAUUUUUCAUUCUUGUCUGCUCAAAUGUUGGGACAACUCAUUAACGCAUUUAUUGUUCAGUUUGAAUGGAAGAGCAUUUGCGUCAUUGCUUUUAUUUUCCUCUUAAUUUUUAUUGGUAGUAAUUAUGCCUUAUCGAUUGGAGGGGGGGGUGGUAGAGCAAAUAGUAAUGACUACAAUCUGUACAGUCCACAUGUGGGUCCUUCUGUACACCCUAGUGGGAAUAUUCCUCCUUUUCCUUACUACCACUUUUAUCCCUUCAUGCCACAAGGCGUGAAUUACGGCGGAUCAAGUAACAACCCCGAUGUCUCAGUGAUGAGUAUGCCUUUCCAACAAAAUAAAUACUAUUCAAGUGGCAGUAUGGGCAGACCCAGUACGGGGUACCCCCCAACAAAUUAUAGCUACCUGAAUCAGUACACCAACAACAGUGAGAAUAACGCAUCCACGCAGUCCACCUGUAGGAAUAAAGACUACUCCGAGGUGUACAAUGGCGCCUCCAAGAAGGAUGCCAAGCGCGGUUCGAAAAAAUUGGGCUUCCUCAAGUACCUCACCCCCGGUUUUAAGUAG